GCGGAGAGUCGAAGCUACUUAAAAGCAGAGAAAACGAAAGAAAAAGUUUUCUUACCAUAAUAUUUAAGGAUUGUCUCAAGAUCUUUAUAUUUGCAAAAUGGAUCUAAGCCAGCCUGCAGGUGAAAACUAUGCCAACCCGAAAACGUGCUUCUUCCAUGUGCUUUUCAAGGCUGCAGCUUUGGCUUUCUACAUUCUUUCUACAUUGUUCUUUGACAGCUUCGUUAUCAUCUUUGUAGUCACUGUAAUUCUUGCCGCUCUUGAUUUUUGGGUAGCCAAGAAUAUUAGUGGCCGGAUCUUAGUUGGGCUUCGGUGGUGGAAUGAAAUAAAUGAGCAGGGUGAGAGCGUGUGGAAAUUUGAGUGCCUUGACCAACAGUCAUUGGCUCGUAUGAACAAAAAGGACUCAUGGCUAUUUUGGUGGACCUUGUAUCUCAGCGCAGUUUCUUGGUUCGUCCUUGGAAUAUUUUCAGUCAUCAGGUUUGAACCGGAUUUCCUCCUGGUUGUAGGAGUUUGUUUGUGCCUCGGUAUUGCAAACAUUGUUGGAUUCACUAAAUGCCGCAAAGAUGCCAAGAAGCAGAUUCAAACAUUUGCCACCCAUACUAUUGCCUCUCGAUUCUCGUCUACAAUUCAGUCAGCAUUUAGCGUGGUAUAAGUUCUUGGAGAAGAAAAUAGCCAAACAUAAUAAUGCCGGUCAGCAGUUGAAUCAAACGUUAAUCGAAUGAAUUGAACCUGUGUAAGACUUCUUUGGUUUUCUCAAUAGGCUUCGGUAGAAUUAGAUAAAUAUUGGUGCUGUUUGUUUGAGAUUUGUAAAUUGAUUUUGAUAGUAUAUGAAAAGUUGAUGGGAAGCAUGAAUGUAAAGACCUCCCCGUCCCCCAAAAAUCAAAGAUCUAAAGUUAGAAGUUGUUAAAACUUCUUGUUUCACCGAGUUCUUGAUAAAGUUAAUAUAUAUCGUUGACAAGCUUUUAAU